AACCGCGUACCCUUGAAAACCCAGAGAAAAAUAUCGCCCAACACUACUUUCCCUACCCUUUUUCUUCGGUGAUUUGAUUUUGGUCGAAUGGCCUCUGAGGUGGCGGCUGCUAUACCAGAAAUCCCGGUCGAGGCGGAGAAGCAGCCGCACAAGCUCGAGAGGCAGUGGACCUUUUGGUUCGACAACCAGUCCAAGCCCAAGCAGGGCGCUGCCUGGGGCUCCUCUCUUCGCAAGGGUUAUACCUUCGACACCGUCGAAGAAUUCUGGAUUUUAUAUAACCAGAUAUUUAAACCCAGCAACUUCUCUGCAAAUGCUGAUUUUCACUUGUUCAAAGCUGGAGUGGAACCCAAAUGGGAAGACCCUGAGUGUGCUAAUGGGGGCAAGUGGACAGUGCCUAGCAGCAAAAAGUCUGAUCUGGACAACAUGUGGCUUGAAACUUUAAUCGCUCUUAUUGGAGAGCAGUUUGACGAAACUGAUGAGAUAUGUGGAGUGGUUUCCAGUGUGCGCCAAAAGCAAGAUAAACUCUCAUUAUGGACCAAGACGGCAGCCAAUGAAGCAGCUCAGAUGGGCAUUGGAAGGAAGUGGAAGGAGGUGAUUGACAUCACUGACAAAAUCUCCUACAGCUUUCAUGAUGAUUCGAGAAGAGAAAGUAGAGCACCAAGAAGUCGGUAUCAGGUGUGAAGCAACAGGCCAGCGAAAGUAGAGCACCAAGAAGUCGGUAUCAGGUGUGAAGCAACAGGCCAGCGAUUUUGUCAGAGCAUGCUUCUGAUUGAGUUCCCUAACUUCAUUGAGAGCGGCACUCUUUUCUUCCUAUUGAAUUUGUGUUCUGUUUCAGUCUAUCUAGCUAUAUUUUGAACCUUAUUGAAUCACCUGUGAAGAUAACUUUAUUCUCAUUCUACAUGUCUUUUUUUAUUA